AUGUCAGCGACUUCGUCUGUCAUAAAGUUUGCGUUCAUAGAACACAAAGAGUUUUUGGUAAAUGCAAAAAAGAAGCAUUCGGCAAAGUGCAGGUUUUGUAAAGUCUCCUUGACCGAGACAGCCGGGACUACCUCAACCUUCACCAGGCACCUGGAGCGCAAACACCCUCAAAGGUACUUGGAGUACAAAGCAGGAUCUGCAACAUCAGUGAUAGCGGUCAAUCCCACACAGCCUCAAUUAUCAUUGUUUGCUCCAAGCAUCCACUUAUUUUCCCCAAAUUCACCCAGGCAACAGGCCAUCACCCAGUCCAUCCUCCAGGACCUUAUAGUUGGAUGCUCUCUCCCCCUGUCUAUCGUUGAGAAUCCACAUUUUAGACACUUCCUGAAUGUCUUGGAUAGCAAAUACACUCCUGUGUCUAGAACCACCUUGACAGAGAAGCUGAUACCUCACCUUGUCACUAAAUUGAAGGGUGACAUAAUCAAAGCCCUGGAAGUCCAGCCAAAUGUAGCAAUAACAACAGACCUCUGGUCUGACCGGAGGCUUCGUACUUUCCUGGGAGUUACUGCUCAUGCUGCCUGCAAGAACAAGGACUCUUACAGUUUACAAUCAUUUUUGCUUGACUGUAGGCGUUUCACAGGGAAGCACUGCGGCGAACGAAUCGCCUCAGCAUUUGACAGAAUAGUUGAGGAGUAUGGCAUUGGCCAUAAAAUAAGCUACAUUCUGACGGAUAAUGCAUCCAAUAUGAAGCGGGCCUUUAAAGUCAGGAUGCCAGAAGUAGAGCACCCUGAAGGUGACAGCAGUGAUGACCUCGAUGAUGAAACAAUGUGGGAGGAUGCAGAAGGUUCUGAUCCAUGGUCAACGGGUGAACGUCUUUCUUGCUUCACCCACUCGCUGCAACAUGUAAUCAGUGAUGGGAUGAAAGAGGUAAAGGCAAUAGCUAGAGCCAUUGCCAAAGCCAGCAAGUUUACAAACCUGCUGCACAGCAGUAGUAACCACAAAGACUUGUUUGAGGCACACUUUGGCUCCAAUAAGUCCAUCCCAGCAGGAAACAACACCCGCUGGAAUAGCACCUACAGACAGUUAAAGGCUCUGAUCACACUUGACCACGGGGCCAUCACUGAAAUGUGCAGCAAUACAGAGAAUUUAGUGUUUUCAACCCGAGAGUGGGCUCAGCUGAAAGACCUUUGUGCUUUGCUUGAGCCUUUUUCUGAUGCAACAGACCUUACAGAAGGUGAUCAUCAGGUGACUAUUAGCAUGGUGGUCCCCACUGUUCUGGACUUGAAGAAUCAUCUUAUAAAGAUGGAAGUACAAAUGCCCCAGGCCGUAACUAUAGUCAGGGCACUGAAAAGAUCCUUAGAGAAACGGUUCUCUGGAAUUUUCAGGCAGAUUUGCAUGGACGAAAAGGAUCCAGAAGAGCCGUUUAGCCAUCGGAUCUACUUCCUUGCCACCAUGCUCGACCCCCAGUUUGGACUGACCUGGGUAGAUUUAGAUGUCCAAAAUGGUGAAACCGGACCAGCACUGAAGAGGUUCAGAGAUGACCUUAAAAAGUCAUUAAUAGACCUUUUGAUCACAGAGGUAGACAGAGACGGACCUGCAGCACCAACAGAAGAAGACACAGAAUUAUCAGAUAGUGACUCAGCGCCACCCCCAAAACAACGUCUUCUUUCACGCUACAAGGCAUUUAGGUUGCAACGCAGCACAAGCCAGGACUCGAGCACUGAUGCACAAAUAAGCAAGUACCUAGACGGCAUAAAUGACUCUGACUGUGAUGCACUCACCUUUUGGUCAAAAAACAAAGAGCGUUUCCCCAGUCUACACAGUGUUGCCUUGAAGGUCCUCUCUGUCCCUGCCUCUUCUGCCCCAGUUGAGAGGGUUUUUAGUAGAGGAGGCAUUCUAAUGAGACCCCACCGCGCACGGCUAGGCUAUAAGAUGUUGCAAUCUUUAGUUUUCUUGAAGUGCAAUCAAUCACUGUUUUAAAAUGUGAACUGUUUUCUCUCACUCCUCUCUGAAAAUAUGCUGUUUGUUCAUUAUAUAUUUGUUCAUAAGAUAUUUGUUAUUUGUUCAUAAUGUCUGUGUUCUAUUGUUCCUGCCCUACUGAACAACAGGCUUGAUUUCAUUGGCAGUGUGUUGUAAUCUCAUGCCACUGAAGACAUCAAGAUGCCAGAAUCUUUUAAGCACUUGUUCUUAUUCUUAUUAAUGCACAAUUUGUAUUGGUAUGUAAUAUUUGUAGUUUGCAUCUGAUUCAUGUGAGGUGUGCACAUGUCUUUAUAUUGUUUGAUUACAGAAUUUUACUUAAAAUGGUGUUGUUUGACUAAAUAAAUGUGACCAUUGACUUUUAAAUAACAUCUGCAUAUCACUUUGUGUUGACAGGCCUUAUCCAUUUUAGGGAAGUUGAUAUCAUACAGUGUAAUUUGGCUAGUACUACUACAAUAGGACAUGAUGCAAUUUCAAGUUUAUAAUCUUCAGUUUGAUGUUACAAUUUUAUCUAUAUAUAAAGUAUAACUGAAACCAGUUACAUAUUUCAUAUUUUAGUUGUUGGAGGUGAUCGCUGUUUUGUCAGAUGACUUUGGGGCCAGUCAGUACCAUCAUGUCAGCCCUCAAAAGCACACAAAAGUUAGUCUU